AUGGAAGAUAACUUUUUAGAUCUGAUACAUAAAAAUCUUUACUGCAUAAAUACAGUAAAAAUAAGCAAUGAUAUAAAAACAGGACUUUUUUACGACAAUUUAUAUAAUUCAAUAGAAUAUAAAUAUCUUAAAAAUCUCUGUUCUGAAACACCUGCUUCUUUUGAGACUGAUGGUGUAGAAAGUAUUUUUACAAAGAUUUGUAUGAUGUUUUCAUAUAACGAUUAUUCAUAUUUGAAAGAUAAUAUUUUGAUAGAGCAUGAAUUAAAAGGAGUGAUUCCUAGAAAUGACUCUAAUCCUGUUUUAUUUGUACAACUAAAGGAUGUAGAAUCUAAAGAAGGCUAUUUAUAUAAAACUAAAAAAUACACUUUUGAUUUUAAAAUAAAUAAAUUAAAUAUUGAUGAACAAUUAAAACUUAUUUUUAAUAUGAUUAGAAUAUACAAAAUUGAAACAAAUUUGUAUCUGAGAAAUUUAAAAGUUAAUGCUUAUCUAGAUAGAUUAUUUUUUAGUGAGAAUGACAAACAUCCCUUAAUUUCGAGGAUUGUUAGAUAUUAUUAUUCACUUGUAAACGAUGACUAUAGUAUUUUAGAAAAAGUUAGUGAAAAAUCUUAUAUAUUUUCUCUGCAUGAUUUAUUGAAAUUUCCUCUUGUAUUUAGAAGAGAUAUAGAAUUACAAUUAGGAUUUUUAUAUUCUAAAUAUGCGUGUUAUGAGAAAGCUUUUAAGAUUUUUAGUGUUUACAGUAUACAUCAAGAAGCGAUUGACUGUCUUAUAUCUCUACAUAGAAAAGAAGAGGCAAUAGAGAAAAUUAAAGAAGAGUUAAAAAAACUUGAAGGAAAGAAAGAAUAUAAUAAUAUAGUUUUGUAUAGUAAUUAUUGUAUUAAAUUAGGAUGGAUUACUAAUGACGUUGGGUGGUUUGAUGUAGGACAUAAAGUUUAUGGGAGUUUUGAACCUCUAGAACAAAAAGCGCGGUUUUACUAUAAAUUAAAAAAAUACAUAGAAGCUAAAAAUACCUACAAAAAAGUUUUACAGAUUGUACCAAAUAAUGAGAAAAUUUUAUUUGCAUUUGCGUCUGUAAAAAUAAUUUUGAAAGAAUAUAAUGAAUGUAUAGACAUUUUUAAAAGAUUAAUUGAGAUAGAUAAAAGAAAUCCAGAUUAUCAUAGAAAUUUGGCUCUUUGCCACUAUUUUAUUGAUAAUUUAAAUAUUAGCAUGAAUUUACUCAAACAAAAUGCAAUUAAAGAUUUAAAAAGCAUGGAAAUGUACUUUAAACUUGUUUUAAAAAACAAAGACAAAAAUGAGAUAUUAUGGUGUAUUAGUAAAAUUGAUGAUAUAAAAUUUAUUAAUUUCUCUGUAGAUUAUCUUUUAAACGAACAAAUAUUGACAAAAAAAGAAGUUUUGCAAGCUAUUAAGAAAAAUCCUCGUCUUGAAAAAUUAGAAAUAUAA